GACUCUAACUGACUGUAACAUCCAUGUCAAUGUACUGUCACACCCUUUCGCCCUAAAAUAUUACCUAAAAUUUUAAAGUAAUUUCUCCCCAUAGUAGACUUAAAAGAUCGCAAUGUUCUCGUCACUUCGUCAUAUGUUAGCACCAAAAACUACAAGUUUCAUUGAAAAUUGCAGACUGGUUCUAAAAAAAGAGAUCCACUCCACUCCGAUUCCUAAAAAUUUAUGCGGUGAUGACUGUAAAGGUACAGAGAGUGGUAUUUUUAUGGAACCAGCCUGCAAAGUUGCGUUGGUAACAGGAGGUUCAAGUGGGAUAGGUUUAGCAAUCGCUGAAAGUUUGUUAAGAAAUAAAGCCAAACAUGUAGCUGUUACUGGGGUAAACGUAGACAAAGGUAAAGAGGCUAUUUCAAAAUUAAAUGGUGGAUUUGGGCACGGUAAAGCUAUGUUCAUCAAUGCUAAUCUUACAUGUAUGAGCCAAUUAGAAGAAACUUAUCGUGUAGUAAAAGAUGUUUAUGGAAACAUAGAUAUUGUUAUUAACUGUGCUGGAAUUAUCGACGGAAAACAUUGGGAGAGAGAAGUUGUUACUAAUGUGAUAGGAACCAUUCGCGGAUCAUUAUUAGCCUACAAGUACAUCGGUAAAGAAGGGGUGGGUAAGGGGGGUGCAAUGAUAAACGUAUGUGGCUUAGAAGGUAUAACACCAGCGCCAUCAGCACCAACGUUUGCAUCAACUCAACACGCGAUAGUAGGAUUAAGCACAAGUUUUGGAGAUAACUGGCACGUGGCUAGAACCGGAGUUAGAGUGAUCACCCUAUUAGUAGGAGCAACCAACACAAGCUUUACGAAAGGUCUGGAAAGUAAAGGCAUGUCACCAGCACUAGGUCAAGAAAUGCAACUAGCUAUGAAUAAAGCAAAGAAACAAAGUCCAUCUGCUGUUGGUCAAGCAGCUGUUCACGUAAUCAGAUGUGGUAAAAGUGGUUCGAUAUGGGUUAUAGAAGGAUCCCAUCUUUAUGAAAUUUUACCAAUAUCUUGGGAUAAACAUAAAAAGUUAGCCGCUCAGUUUAUAUAAUUAAGAGUUGGUGUAAAUGUACGUUGAAGGUUAUAUCUAUGCCAAUAAAAUAAUGUCCAUCGA